AUGACGUCGCAACAGCUUGACUGCAUGCAAGGAAGAUCAGCGCUAACGACCAGAUCCUCUCAAGAGGUAGAAAGGAGAUUAUUGAAAAUGGAUCCAGAGGAAUAUCAAGAUCCUGCCCUACAGGCAGCGAUUAACGCGUCUUUAAGAGACCUUGCCACAAGUCAUCAAAAUCAGCCUUCCUCUGCAGGAACGCAGAGAGACGUUGUGGAUCUCACUGGCGAUUCGGAUGACGAUGAGCCACGUCCAAAGGCAGCCAAGUCAGUAGAGCUUAUUGAGGAGACUAAUGAUGAGCAAGACGAAGACCUGAAUAGAGCCAUCGCGUUGUCGAUGCAGGAUAUGAAUACCCCUUCCCCACAGCCACAACAGUCAGAGAAGCUGGACGCUGGUCAAAAUGGCACCGUUCAUGUUUCUCAGGAAGAGAGCUCCGCUUCAAAUUCUGCCCCCAACAUAUUUGGGCUACUCGGUAUAGACCGGAAAAAACAAGAACAGGAACGUCUGGCGCGUGUUGCAAAACGAAAGGCAGAGCAGAGCAUUCCUCCGCCGCCAGCAAGCAGGGAGAGCAAAAUAGCAAGACCUAACACAUCUCUCCCCAGCGAUAGAAAUUUGGGUCAGCCACUCUCUACAGCUACAUUGGGUCCGUCAAGCACUCAAUCAAGUUCACCUCUUGCCAGACAAGCACCGGCUGAAAAGGAAAAGCCAGCAAAUGCAACGCCAUCGUCCAUUCCAUCUAUCCAGUUCCCAAAGGGUGUCGUCAAGAAGACGUGGGUCUUUGGCUGUCCCAGGAAGGGAGACGAUAUCAAGAUCGAGGAAGUCUUUCAGCGGUCUGAUCUGGAGCUUGCCAUUCUGAGCGCCUUCCAAUGGGAUAUGGAGUGGCUGUUCUCGAAGCUGGACACGGCUAGAACCAGGUUUCUCUUGGUUAUGCAGGCGAAGGAGGAAUCUACGAAACGCCAAUAUGAGGCAGAGACAGCGCAGAUGAGCAAUCUUCGAUUGUGCUUUCCACCCAUGGAUGGCCAGGUCAAUUGCAUGCACUCCAAACUCAUGCUCCUCUUCCAUCCCAACUAUCUGAGGAUCGUGAUUCCAAGUGCCAAUCUAGUGCCUUAUGACUGGGGGGAAGCUGGUGGAGUUAUGGAGAAUACUGUCUUUCUCAUCGACCUGCCGAAGAAGCCUGAGCACAGCGCAGAUGAAAAGCCAACGACUGCCUUUUACGAAGACCUCGUCUACUUUCUACGGGCAAGUACCCUACAUGAGAAUCUUAUCUCAAAGCUUUCGAACUUCGAUUUCAGCGAAACCGCCCGGUAUGCUUUUGUUCACACAAUUGGGGGAUCGCACAGCGGCGAUGCGUGGAGACGAACUGGCCACUGCGGCCUCGGAAGAGCCGUGACAACUUUGGGACUACGAACUCAUAAGCCGAUGAACAUUGAUUUUGUUACCUCUUCUGUCGGAUCGUUGACCGAUGAGUUUAUGAGAUCCAUAUAUCUCGCAUCCCAAGGCGACGAUGGCUUGACGGAAUUUACUCUGCGAACCUCCAAGACGUUUCCAGCCAAGAGUCGAGCCGACCCCAAGGUCCUUGUCGAGAAGACCACCGGCGAGGAAUGGAAGGAUCGCUUCAGGGUUUAUUUCCCGUCGGAACGAACGGUGAAGGAAUCCAAAGGCGGUCCCAUGAACGCUGGGACCAUCUGCUUCCAAUCGAAAUGGUACGCAGGACCGAAAUUCCCACGGCACGUUUUGCGCGACUGCAUCAGUCGGCGGGAUGGGCUCUUGAUGCACAACAAGAUGCUCUUCGCACGACCUGAAAUACCGAUCCAGCUCCCUGAUGGGUCUACCUGCGAGGCGUGGGCAUACAUCGGCAGCGCGAAUCUAUCCGAGAGUGCGUGGGGCCGAUUCGUCCAAGACCGCACGACGAAGGAACCAAAACUGAACUGCCGAAACUGGGAAUGCGGUGUCCUGGUCCCAAUCAUUCGACCGGCACCAUCAGCAGGAGAAGACAAAACUGGAGACAACGACGAAAGGAAGAAGAAAGCAGACAUGCACAUCGACAUCGCAGACGUCUUUGGCGACACGGUUCCCGUGCCCAUGCAUGUCCCUGCCCGUCCGUACGGGCCGGACUUGAAGCCGUGGUUUUACAUGGAGGAUUAA